AUGAAGAACAUGCUCAGAUACGACCAGAGAUCAUUCACAUGUUCAGCAUCUAACCCUGUGAUCAGCGAUACCUUUUCUGCACCUAAACUCUCCAUCAGCAAUGGUCCUGAUGCGGCCACUGUGAAGACCUUCCCCCUUCUCCAUCACUACGAAGAAGGCUCAGACGUGUCUCUGUCCUGCUCAGCUGACUCCAGACCUGUGGCUCAGAUCAAAUGGUUUUUUAAUGGAGAGAUGUUGUCUUCUACUGAGGCACAGUUACCACUGAUGAACAUCCAGAUGAGUCAGAGCGGAAACUACAGCUGCCAGGCUUUCAACAGCAAAACUCUCAGAUACUCAACUUCUGAGCCUGCUCUUGUCUCUGUGUUAAAUUACACAGAGGGGGAUGGGCCGUAUGAAGUGACAGUCACGUGUCCAAACAAACUUGAAGCAGGGCAGUCUUUCGCCAUGUUGUGCUCUGCUGAGUCUGUGCCUGUAGCCACUUACUCCUGGAAGUUUAAUGAUGACCCACUGGUCAAAAGAACAGAAAUGGUGUUAGUUACCAUCGUGAAACCAGAAGCCCCGCUGUGA